ACGUCGUCCCCAACGGCGUCCGCAACGCCGCGGCCAUGGCGGCGGCGGAGGAGGAGGCGGCGGUCUCUGAGGCGGCGUUCAGCCUGCAGACCAUUGCCAUAACAGAUGACUCUAAAGAUGAUUAUCAGUGUGAAGAGGUUUCACCAGAUGAUGAGUCCAGUCUUCAUGAAGAUGAUGAGCAUCUGUCCAAAGCUUUGCAGACUAUUCAAGAGCAGACUGAAGAUGCCCAAAUUUUAGCUUUGCAGUCAGUUCUGACUUCUGAGAAAUCGAUCUCAGAAAUACCUGAAGCAGUGGAUGACUUCUUCCGCAAUUUCCUGGUCAGAAAGGGAAUGUCUAGAACCCUUGACUGCUUCCAGACUGAAUGGUAUGAGCUCAUUGAGAGAGGUGUGCUCAGAGCGGAGGAUGCUGGGCUGGUUCCAGAAGUGUACACCCACAACCAGCAGCUGGAGACGGAGUAUCUGAACUUGAAGAAAGAUCUGGAGAACUGCAAACGCUCUCUCACUAAAGCAGAAGAGGAUCUCCUAAAAAUGCAGAAAGAACGAGACUUCCAUCGAAUGCAUCACAAGCGAGUGGUCCAGGAGAAGGAGAGGCUGAUUUCUGACAUGAAAAGGCUGAAGGCACAUUAUGCAUCCUAUGAACCAGUGCUGAAGCAGCUGUCAGAAAAAUACCAGAAUUCACUGACACAGAAAAUGUUAACCAGUUUGGAGAGAGACAAAGCAAUGGGGCAGGUUACAGGUUUGCAGGCUGCCUUACAAAGUUUAGAGUCCGGAUCUACUAAGGAGAUCCCUGGGACAAAAGUAGGCCAUGAUUGUACAAGGAAGAAGGAGUUUGAAGGUCCUACCCAGCAAGCUCUUCGGGAAGCCAGGCAGCAGAAAUUCCGCGUUGUUGCGAGCGGUGCCCGUGCUGCAGGCGAAGAUGCAGAGAGGAAGAUGGGCAGGAGGGAGCUGAAGGAUUCCGAGUUCCCUGCUGAUGCUGAGGGGUCCCCAUCCUUUGAGGGUGCUAAAGAACACGCCCAGCCCCUGAAAUGUGGACAGUAUCAGCUGAGCAGCAUUUUGAAGGUGCACGACUCUGCAGUGAGCUGCUUGGCUUUACAGCCCCGCAAGAACAUCGUGCUCACGGGAGGCGACGACCGCCUGUGGAAGACCUGGGCCUUCCCUGAUGGGAGCAUCCUGGGGGUCGGGGAAGGUCACACGGACUGGAUCUCAGGAUGCUGCUUCAGGCCCAGUGGCACCCAGCUGGUGACAUCGAGCGGUGACACCACGGUGCGGAUCUGGGACCUGUCGCGGCGCGGCUGCCUCCUUGUGCUGCGCGGCCACUCCCGCGCCGUGCGCGGCUGCUCCUGGCACUCCUGCGGGGACUUCGUGGCCUCUGCCUCCACGGAUGGCACCAGCAAGAUCUGGGAUGUGAACAGUGAGAGGUGCAGACACACCCUGCGUGGCCAUGAGGACUCCGUCAACAGCGUCGAGUUCCUGCCCUUCUCCAGCACCGUCCUCACCAGCUCUGCUGACAGGACCUUGUCUCUCUGGGACGUCAGAACGGCUCUCCGUCUUUACACAUUCCAGGGCCACGUGCAUUCCUGUAAUCACGCUACAUUCAACAAGAAGGGGGACACCAUCGCUUCCUGCGACUCCUCCGGCGUGAUGAAGCUCUGGGACAUGCGCAAGCUGCUCCCUGUUCUGUCCAUCGACGCUGGGCCCCAUCCUGCCAACCAGGUCGCCUUUCAUCACUCUGGUAGCCCGCCCAGCCCAUGUGUUGGCACUGGUGAAUCCAUUCGUGGCUCCCUGGAGAGAUUCCGGCACUGGGGUUGGUUUACACAACCCAUGACCCAUUUUCCAGCCCUGAUCGUGCUGCUUCGCCUCGGAAGUCAGAUCAACAAGACGUCCCUGUCAGCCUCCCUCCCCGAGGAGCACUUACAGCGUCUGUUGACCAUCCUUAAUUACUCCUAUGGCCAGCAUGGGAAUAAAAGGAUGUGCUGGAAGACUGAAUUAUUCAACAGUAAUUCCUUGUCUCGUAAUUCUCACUCUUCCCCUCUCUGCUGCUGUAUGCCGUUUUUUCUCGUUCACAACAUCUGUUUUCCUGACCAUAAAAAAAUCUUUAAUUUGGAGGCAAUGGGUGGAUUGGACUUACACAAAUAAGAGCUGAUUGACAGAUCGUUUUGUCUCCUUGUUUUGUGGGUUAUGAAACUAUCACUCUCCUUUUUUUCUGACUGUUGCGGUUUGCCAAAGGGAAAAAGCUGGCAAUGAAUUUUCCCCCUUUGUUGAUCA